AUGUUUUCACUUGGUAAUCUAUACUUUGUGGGUGUCACAGGGAGUAUAUGGACUGUGAAAGCUGUGGUGAGAUUAUCUUAUCAAGGAUGUCUAUUGAGCCUUAAGGAUAAAACGAGCCUUAAGGAUAAAACAGUUUUCACUUGGCUUACCAAUAUCUCUACUCUGAAACAGCUGUAUGUUGUUUUCUUGGCUAAAGUAGUUCCACUUCAUUUGAACUUGUUUUUCAUAAAGCAUUGGACAUUGGCUUGUCAUAUGCUUGUUGAUUUCUGUAUUGAUAUUCUUAAUCAAAAUAAGGUGGAAGCUCAAACUGUCAUGUUUCAUAUUGGGUAUAAGUACUUGCAAGUUGGCUGGAAGUUUGUGUCCAUUAACCAUCAUGUCUUCAUAGUGCAAGUUUACAUAAUUUUGGAGACAUUCGGAAAAGUUUGUGGGCCGCUCUCUGUUAUACUGAUCUGCAACUUGGUUUGGAGAAUUAUGCUAGUAAGUUUGCCGUCCAACAAAAGUUUUCUUAAUUCUGAAUCAGACUCCCACCUUUUUAGUUGGUCUGUAGUGGAGAAAUUGGAGAUAAGUGUCUCUGCUGCUUUGUAUAAAUUAUCUUUGGUGGAAGCUCAAACUGUCAUGUUUCAUAUUGGGUAUAAGUACUUGCAAAUUGGCUGUAUAUGGACUGUGAAAGCUGUGGCGAGAUUGUCAAGGACGUCCUUUGAGCCUUAUGAUAAAAUGUGUCAUUAUUUAUCACAUGAUUUCUUCGGGUUCUAUUUGCAGGCUUACUGUGUUGAAGCAAUUAAUUUCUUUGUAGCAUCAAGCCUUGGUUUGAUUAAUAUUAUGACAAUGACAAUUACUGUUAACUUACCCUUAUAUCUCUUCUAG